UUUCAGUUCAUAUUUACAAAUCAUUAUAMAAUACAUUUAGCUACUGGAUUUUUGACUUGGUGUCACACGRMAACAUGAAUCGUUAGGGCAGGUGCAUCCGGUCAAUUCGCCAAGCUUUUCGUUUCUCUUAAUUUUCGGUCCCUGCUCGGCAAAAAAUUAGCAUAAUAAUUUAAGCGAGAAUCUUGACUGGAUGGUAUAAUCCUGUCCUUUCCUUAACACUACUUGAUCUUUAUCGCGUAUAGUAUUGUCUAUCAAUCAUUCUCUAAACCAUGAGACGAAUAUUAUGGACAUCAUGUUCUAAUUUAAUCAAAAUUGGUACUCGAACGAUCGAAAAUCAAUGAAAAGCCUGUUCAGUGCUGAAAAGCUAUCAAAGUGUUGUGCAAGACGUCUCUAUACUCCUAUGCUAUAAAACUGCAGGACUGUGCUGUUAAUCCAUGAUUCAUUCUACCUUAUAUUCGAGUAGUUUUAUAAGGAAUAGUCUUAACCAUGGAGUAUCAAGGAGAAGAUGUACUGUCAGACUCAACAGACCAGAAGAGUAAAACUCACACUAAAUUACAGCUACAAGAAUAUCAAAAGGUAUUACAAGAGAGAGAUAAUCUGCUGCAAGAAGUUGAAAAUCUCAAGAAGAAUAUUACAGAACUUAACGAGAACAUAGACUUUUUGAAAGACGAACACGCGGAGGAACUUGCCGUCUUGUCCUCUAGCUUUUCACAACACUUUGAAAGCAAGGACGAUAAUAAUAACGAGGAAAAAAUUAAGGAAUACGAAAGAGAAAUUCAAAAGUUGAAGAAUUCUAUAGAAGAUAAAAACUACCACAUCAAUCAGUUACAGAGAAAACUUAUGAAAACRCAAGUCGAAAUGGAGAAAGAUCUCGAAAAUCACGAAGCUGAGCUAGAGAAUCUUAGGUCCCAACUUGAGAAACUUCAAAAUAGUGACACGGAAUCACUWAUUGAACUCAGAAUGAACGAACUUAAAGAAAACUACGAAAAAGAAAUYACRGAACUCAAGGCAAGAUUGGAAACGGAAGUAAACUCACAAAAUGCUCAAUCCAAAGAUGAACAGCUAAGCAUUACAAUGAAGGAAGUCGAUGAACUUAAAGCUAAACUUAAAACUCUAGAGGAUACUAUGGAUGAACGUUUACAGGAAGAAGAAAUUAAGUUUCGUCGGGAGGUCAUGAGUGUUAAAGAAAAGCUCAUCCACCAACAUCAGCUUGAAAUUGAUGAGUUGCUGUCCCAGUUGGAGCGCUCUAAUGCAGAAGUGGAAAAACUGAGGCGUCUUUCAAAGCAAAGUGAUCAUGAAGAGCAGUCACGAUUUCAGCAUGUUUCCAAUGGCGAGGUCUCAUCCGCGGUUACAAAUGAUAUCAAUGGASUAGAAGAAGACAACGWUGACAAACACUUUGAGUUGGUACCAGUCCAGCUUGAGACCACUGAGCCAAUGAUUCUYCAAGAACUUGAGACCAUCCAUGAACAUUACCAGCACCAAUUUGAGUUUAUGAAAAAGCGAAUCAAAGAGCAAUAUCAGCAAGACCUUGAUGAGAGUGUCCAAAAAGUGGAGGAAAAUAAUGAACAGCAACUUGAGAAACAAAGAACUGAAUAUGAGGACAAAAUUGUCGGAAUUCAGCGACAACUACGUACACAGUUUCAAACUGAUCUCGAGAGAGUAAGCAACGACAUGGAAGAACAAAUUCAGGUUCUAAAAGACGGGCACACAGAGGAAAUAGCCGAGCUAAUGCAGCGAGUUCGUGGACUUUCAGACGAACGGAGACGGUCGUAUAUUGAGCAGGAUAACACCCAGCAACAUGUCAUUGUCAUCAAAGAAGAAUUCAAGUCUAAAGUAGAAAGUCUUGAGCAGGAGCUGCGAACUGAAAAGGAAAAGGUUGAGAAGUACGAGUUGAAGUUACAGAGCGUCGAUGCACAGAUUCAAGCAUUUAAAGCAGAGAAAGAGCAGGAAGUGAAAUAUAUCGAAGACGAAUUGAAGAAGCAAUGCAAAUCACUGGUUGAGAAAAAGACUAAAGAGGUGAAGGAAAGAUACCAAAGUGAACUUAAUGAGAAAGUGAACAAAGUUGAAAAGACGCUUAGGAAACAGUACGAUGAAGAAAGCGUGCGAACGCGUUCAGAACUAGAAGAGAGUCACAGAACAUUGAAAGAAAAAUACGAUAAUGAGCUUUCCGAUAUGAUGACCCAAAUGGAACAAGUCCAACAGAGAAACCAAGAGGUUUUCGAAGCACAACAGAAAGAGCACUUUGAGAAGCAGCUUUCAAUAGUAAAGGAACAACUCGAACCAUUUAAAGACAAAUGUCAAAAUCUGGAAAACGAAAACAAGGCACUCUUAGAAAAGUAUAACAAAGAUCUGUCCGAACUGAAGCUUAAAAUGGACGAGGUUGAAAAGAGAUAUUCGACUAAUGAACAGAUUGAAGAGGAAAGUAUGCGAACACUUGAAGAUGAAUUAAAUUUGUACAAAACUAAAGUGAAAGAACUUGAAGAAGGUAAUCAAAUGCUUGUUAUGAACUAUGGAGCACAACUGGAAAAUAUAAAGAAGAAAUAUGAGCAAAACGARGAAGGUGAACUGAAAACACUUCAAGAUGAGGUAACGAUAUAUUCUAAGAAAGUCGAAAAACUUCAGGAGGAAAAUACAAUGCUGGCUGUAAAUCAUAAUGAGCAAAUAAAAUGCUUGGAUAAAAAGAUUGAUGAAAUAACCGAAGAAAAAGAGAAAACCGACAAGGAGAAGGAAGAACUUUCGAAGACCAUUAAAGAGCUGUCUAAACAAUUGGAAGCGUACAUGGAGAAGUGUUCAGAAAUGGAGAAGAGCAAAAGCGCAUUGGAUAAUCGUUAUGCUGAAGACGUGAAAACCUUCAAGGAAAAAAUUAAUUCGCUAAGUAAAGACCUUGAAUAUCACCGUACUCGCUGUAAUGAGCUCGAAGAAGCACAGAAGACGACGGAGAACAGACAUCUUAAGGAACAUGGGGACAUGCUUGACAGUGAACUUGAAGAAUUGCGCAAAAGCGUUUCCCGUCUGGAAAUCGAAAAAUCUACUUUACAACAAAAUAGCGUAAAGGAAAUUCAACAACUUCAAAAGAAGUUAGAAGAAUACGAAAAGAACCGGAGAAAUCACGAUGAUAGUGAAAAUAAAACAAGUCAAAUGCACAAUGAAAGUAUAAAAACGCUCACUGAUAAAAUAAAUGAAUUAGAGGACACUGUGCGUCAAUGGCGUAGUAACUAUACUCAGCUUGAGGAAGUACAGAAAGAAUGGGUAACAAAACACAACGAUGAAAAGGAAGAACUUAUUUCCAAAAUAGAAAACCAAAGAAUUCUUAUAGAAGACCGUGAAAAUGACUUGAAAACCGCGAAUAAUGAGAAAGUUAAGCUCGARGAAAAUCUAAAAAAUGUAUCRGAAGAGUUAAAGAGCUCAUCUCAAAGAUUUGAACAUUUCAAAACRGAAAAAGAUGCGGUUAUCGAAGAGAAAAAUAAUAUCAUCAAUGACCUUUCUGGAAAGAUCAAUCUGUUGCAGGAUGACCAAUCUAGUGGUGAUCAAACGGAUACAAAGAAACUCAAAGAAGAAAACGAUAGUUUGAAAAACGAGUCGAAACGUUUGAAGAUGUUUUUAGAAUCUCUUAGAGCGGAGAACAACCACUUGCUUGAUGAAAUGCAAUCUGCGUCUGAAAAGCACAAGCAUCAAAUGAAAGUUUCUACCGAAGAGCUUACAUCAUUGAGGACAGAUCAUGGAAARUUAUCGAAAGAAUUGGACCGAGUCAAAGAAAGAUACGAGCUUUUAAUUGUCGACCUGAAGGACGAGAUCGAAAAUCAGAAGAAGGCYCUCAAAGACCUUGAACUCUCAAACAGUCAAUACGCACAGGAAAUUGCUAGCCUUGUCCAAGAAAUGGAACGAAGGCAGAGCAAGACGUCAAUUGAUAACGAUGUCGAAAACUCAAAUUCCAAUGACGGCACUUCUUUUAACAAAGAGGAURUCAAAAAGGAAGGUGCUUCCAAUGACGAAACCCUUCAAAAGCUUUAUGAGGAAAUAGACGAAUUAAAAUCGCAGAAUGAACAGUUUAAGGUACUUGUACAAGAACUGGAGGAUGAAGGGGAUAACAAAUUCGGUGUCUUGCUCAGCCAGCAUGAAAAAGAACUGGAAGUCCUGAAAGAAGAACUAGAAGAGCAAAUAGCAAGAAAACGAGAGCAACUGGCGCAAGAAGCUGCAACUAAACGACAGAAGUUAAAAGAAGAAUAUGAGUCAAAACUCCGUGUUAUCUAUGAUGAGUUGGUAUCUGAAAGAACUCGAUCGAAGGAACAGCUCCAACAGAUCAAUCAACUCGGACAGAAAGUUAAACUACUUGAGGGAAUCACUUCCAAGCAGAAGAAGGAUAUCGAGAAGAUGAAGGACGAGAAAGCUAAAGAUCUUGAGCGCCAGGCUAAGAAGAAGGAGGAUGAAGCUGAAAGAGACGAAGAYGUUAAAACCAACAUCAAAAUUCUUGAAGACAAAUUGCUUGAAUUGAGAGAUCGACUUGUGCAAUCAGAAAGCGCAAUGAAAGAGAAAGAUCAAGAGCUCAGCGAGGCAGCCAAGAAGAUCAAGUCAUUAGAAGAGCAGUCAGUAGCCAUUGAGGAACGCAAAGGUUCUAGUAGUUCUGAGGAAGUCGUAAAGAGAUCUGAASCUGAGCAGCUCCAGACAACAGGCAACGGAAAAAUAGAUAGCAGUUCUGAGGAGAGAGACGUAUUGAUCCAAAAAGUYCAAGUAUUGGAAAACGAUAAAUGCGAACUUGAAAGGCAAUCAAGGGAACUGACUCUKCGUAAUGAAAAACUACAAAAUGACUUACAAAAUAUGGAUAAAGCCAAGCAAGUUGUAAUUCAGAUGUAUGACGAGAAGAUGGAAGCCCUUGCAAUUGAAUUAGAUGAUUCUAGUGAACGAUGUGAUGUCUUACGAAAGCAAUUUGAAGUGACUAAGAAGAUGUUGGGCCGCAAAGAGAAAGAAGUAGAAGAGAAGCAAAAACAGUAUGUUGAUCUUGAAUCAGAACUGAAAGGUGAAAGGGACAUAACUCACACACUCAAGAAAAAGUUGAAUGACUUAGAAAACCAGCUUGAAAGUGAAAGCACCCAGUCCAAAACCGAUGAAAACGAAGAUGAUGGACAUCUUGCGGAGUUACGUCACAAGCUCAAUGUCACAGAGACUGAUUUACGAAACGAGAGAGAAAUAAUCACAAACUUAACGGAGAAGAUCGAGAAGCAAGAGAAAGAUAUAAUARGUCAUCAAAAUAAGCUCGAUGAAAUCACUUCGGUUGUAAGCAGUAAAGAUUCUGUCAUUGCUGAAAAAGAGGAUAAAAUAAACAAGGCAGAGGAAGAGCUGAAUCUUGAAAAGAGGAAAUCCACUGAACUCGAAAAGGAACUUGCUGUUUUUAAAGGAACAGACGGUACUACCCAUCAGAGAAUGGAGCAAAUGCGAAUAGAGUUGAACGAAGUUCAUGAAAAGAAUAACCAGCUUCUCAAGCAGAAUUACGAAAGUAUUCUCGCCCAGCAAGUGGAAGAACAUCGCGUACGAACAGAUGAAUUCGAAGCAGAAAUAGUAACCCUUAAAGGUAUGGUUGAUAAUCUGGAACAGCUUAUCCAUUUGAAAGAUGAAGACCGUGACAUUCAGCUGAAAGAGUGCGAAGAGAAGCACAAUGWGGAGUUGCUUGAAUGUCGGGAAACAUUUGAUAAAGAACGGAAUCAGCUGAAUGAAAAGCUGGUCGUGAUUUCAAAUGAGAGUGACUCACACAAAAGCAAGGUAGAAGAGCUAUCGUCCCAAGUUCGUGUAAUAUCAGAAGAACAAGAAAGCCAGAAAAAGAUGUACGAGAAUGAAAUCAAAAAUUUGAAGAAGCAAAUUGAUUUUGAGAAUUCCUUUCAAGUUGAGCUGCAAGAGGGAUUUCAAACCGAGUUGCAAACUUCCAUGGACAAGCAGGAACAAGUACAUAAAAAUGAACUUGAACAAGUAAACUCUGCUCAUCAGCAAAGUUUAAAGGACCUCGAAAAUACAAGAGCUGAACAUAGCGCUGUUCUUAAAGAGCUGGACACCACUAAGCAACACUUAGAAAAUCGUUUGCUGGAGAUCAAGUCUCUAGAAAGCCGAAUUAUUGAGUCCAAAGUGAAACACGAGGAAGAGAUAAUGGAACUGACGAGCAAAAUAGAAAAAGAAUCAAAUGAUCCCGAAUCAAUAGAAACAAGCAACGAUGAUGUUAUCAUAUCGCUAAGAAAUGAUAACAGAGGCCUAGAGGAUGAGAUCAAGCGCCUUAARAACAUAAUUGAAGAAAAGAGCAUGGGACAGCGCGAGGAUAUAGACUUGGUCAAGAGUGAGCUUGAAAAGAGAUUCCAAGAGCAGCAAGAGGAAAUGAGUAAACGUCAUGCCGGGGAGUUGGACAGCCUGAUGAUGAGACUUGAAACACUUAUACACAAAGAAAACGAUUCAAAAGUCUUAAUUAAAAAUCACAUGGAAGAAAUUAAUAGUGUUCGAAGUGAAAUGGUGAGAAGAGUCGCCGAGCUUAACAGUGAAAAGGAACAAGAAAUUGAAGUUACAAGGAGGCAGCUCGAAAACCACUUCCAAAUGCAACUACACGACCUGGAAGAAAAAUUGAAUUCAAAGUGUAAAGAAGUCAUCGAGUUACAAAACUCGUUACGUGUGAUGACAGCAAAAAGUGAACAACAUCAGUACACGAAGGAAGAAUUAUUCCAGCUACGGCGGGAGAAUACCGAACUUUACAAGAAAUUUAGAGACACUGGUGCUGAACGAGAGAAAGUUGAUGCAUUGACGUUAGAGAAUCAAAAUCUCAAACGAGAAAUCGAAAAUUAUAAGAAAAUUCUUCAACGAAAUGCUUCUGGUAAUACUUCCGAUUCCUCAAACGAACGAUCACGUCUUUUACAGCUAAUGAAGGUGAUGGAACAACUAAUGAUGGAAAGAAAUGACUUGGAGAUGAAAUUGCGAGAAGAGAUUUUGGAUCUAAAAACUCGCUUUUCUCCUUCUGGAGAUUUGAAUAACUCGCCUUCAGAUCUAAACAAUWUUUCUUCCUUUUCUGAAAAGGUUAGUCGUGAAAGUUUGAUAAGCAUGCUACAAGAAUUUCGCUCAAAUAAAAAUCAGCAGGAACAAGAUAUUCAAGUUCAUAUUCGCGAGAUCGAAAAAAUGAUUGAAGACAUUAAAUUAAAGAUCGAGUCCACUGAAUGUGCUGAUGCCAAGAUUCAGGAAAUGCUUGCCAAACAGCUGAAUCAUCUCGAAGAUCAACGUCGUAUUUUGGUCAACAGACUUUGGAAUCUCCGCGAGAAGCAUGACCGCGUCGAAGAAAAACUAACACGACAGAUUGCUGCUUUGAGCUCCACCCAAGGAGAUGAAGUCAAGUCAAAGCUAUACCAGAAUUUACUGGAAGAAAACUUGAGGAAGGAAAAAGAGCAGCUGCAAUCYAAACAACAGCAGGUCAAUGAUCUGCGAAGGAAACUUUCUAUCGAGAAAGCCUUGAUGGAUAGACGAGUUGCAGAGAGACAAAGACUUCAACAACAGCUCAGUGAGAAAGAUAGACAAGAAAAUGAACUAUCAACAGAGAGAUACGAGCUUCAGAGGAGAUGGAAAGACAAGUUGAGAGUGAAAGAAAUUGAACUAAAGCAAGAAAAGUUUGACAUGCAACAGAAGUAUUCUAUGGAAUAUCACGAUAGCGUUGCGGCAAGAAUCGAUGGUUUGAUUUCUAGAUCGUCGGACGACUUAUCUCGAAUUCCACAGAGUUAUGACUAUUCCAGAUACAACACAGAAACAAGUCCUCAUACAUCGCUAAACAGACAUUACUUGCAAAGGGAGGCAAGAMAACAACCUAGUCGGCAAGRUGCCGCUAUCGGUCUAACGGAGUAUACACACUUUCAGCCUUACGACACCGUCCCGACUCAUCGAUAUAAUUCACGUCAACGGGAUGUUGGUUUCAAUCCUUUUUCAAAYGAGAUUCCAGGUAGUUCGUUUUUSAGAAACGGUCUCGAGAACAGCUCCGACGAGGAUCUCGACUCGUCGGUUGUUCUUUCUAAUCAUAACGAAGAUGGAUUAUCCGUUGACAUAGAUAAGUUUGAAUCGGAUAUAGAUUCGUUCACACCUCCAUCGGGAGAUCGCCUGACGGGUAUGGAAAGAGAGUGGGAGCGAAACUUGGAGGAAGAGCUAAACCAAAUAUCUGCUGGAACGCUGAGAAUUCUACCAUCUGGAAAAUCUAAUUUACGAAAGGAUGAUGCAAAUUCAUAUUCUAGGAAAAUGAUUACUAGAACUCAAAGUGAUCUGAGUUCCAGACAAUACGCACCAAGAUAUGGUCAAAGUUCGUUUGAAGUGAGUUCUCCAGGAAGUUUCGAGAGAUCCCGUAUGAAAGAUGAAUAUCCAAGAUCUUCAACGGCCAUUCCUGGUGACGAUGACGCUUGGAUGAGUAGAAACGGAUCAUUUAAUUUAUCACAGAUUCCAACUGUUUUACCAACGCUUUUAAGAGACGUGAGAACACCAAAGAACCAACGACAAAGUUAUUCCACGUCAAAGCAUUCUUCAAAAGAUCAAACAACACAAAAGUCUAAUUCCCCAAGCUCAUCGAAAUCCGAACCGAUUUCGAGAACAGACUAUGGCAACAAACACUCAGUAGAUCGACGAGAAUCACAAGCUGACCGUUCAAAUGUUUACUUACUCAACAUGGAUGAUUAUAUAGAUAGACACAGAGUUCUCUCUUCUGACGUUGUAGCAAGCUUACGAGACUUGUCGCCUUCCGAAAGAUAUUCGCACUGCUGAAUUCUCGACCGAGAAAGUUUUCUCUUUUUUUUCUUUUAACUAAUCACAGAUAUGCGACAAUUYGAGAGCAUAAUAUAUUUUUAAAGUUCUAGCUCAUUACUUUUACUUAGACAUUAUAUCAAAUAUGUCAGUCAAACUGAAUGAAAGUACUAUGAAUUUUUUACAUCGAAGAUGGGAAUCUCUUGGAUAAAAUCGGUUAUGUUCAUCCCAUAGAUAUACUUCAUCUUAAGAUAUUUUUUAGCCAUCAUGCCUUUUGUAUUGCCGUGUCGCCAUAUAUAGGCCUUCAAGUGAUAUUUUUAGUUUUUAUACAAGUAUUUAAUAAUACAAGUUUAAUGUAAGGGUUUCUAUAAAAUACGUACAUAUCAAAUCUUAUAUAGCAAUAAAAAAUUUGAACUUUUUA